CACCAAUGUUCUUCAGAGAACAAGCAGGAUUGACACCAAGUUCGAUUUAAAGACAUCUUCUUGACUACUGGAAGAAAGGUAAAAAAUCCUCAAGAUGCCUCGAGUUCCAGUGAUUCCUACUGAGCAGGUGGAGAUCAAGAAACGAUCUAAAAUGCCUGGUGUUAUGAUCACCCAAUAUGUGAAGGAACUACCACGUGGAAAGAAUACACCUGAUUUCAACAGGAAACCAAUGGCAUUGUCAGUUCAAGAAGGUAAAGUGGCCAUUUUUAGGGCAGUGGUGUGUGGAGAUCCAGCGCCGACUGUAACGUGGGCUCGCAUCAAGGGUGACACAUCCGAUCCAGAAUUAUAUAAGACAAGAUUUGAUCAAAGAUCUAGAGAGUAUAUUCUGGAGAUCCCUAAUGUGAAAGCAAACCAAGCGGACACAUACAAAUGUUUUGCUACAAAUGAGUUUGGGAAAGCUGUGUGCACGGCUACAUUGGGUGUCACGUCAGCUGGAUUCAAAAAACUACAAGCCGAUAGCCAAACAAAUGAUCCUGAGGACUUCAGAAAAAUGCUUAAGAAAACUACAAUUGUCAAAAAGAGGAAAGAGAAACCAAAGAAAGAGGGAGAGAUUGAUCCAAAAUUUUGGGAGGUGAUGCUUAGUGCCAAAAAGUCAAAUUAUGAGCGAAUAUGUCGGCAGUUUGGAGUCACUGAUUAUCGCUGGAUGCUAAAACAGCUUAACCUGAAGAAAAAGGAGAGAGAGGACGAACAAGCUAAGGUGGUUGAGAAAAUUGACAACAUGAAACAAAUAGAAGUGAAAACGAGUGGCAGAGCUGAAUUUGAGUUUGAAAUGAAACUUACUGACCCAAACAGCAAACUGUAUGUCUACAAAAAUGGAGAUAUGCUUGACUUUGGAGAUGGAACUGAUGAUUCCUGCAAACACAAUAUGAAGAAAUCUGAUGAUAAGUACUUGUUUAGCAUCAACAAUCCUACUCUGAACGACAGUGGAUUAUACCAAGUUGACGUUGAGGAUGUGAACAUUUUCUCGACAAACUUUACAAUUCCUGAUGUUGAGUUUAAUGGGAUGCUAAAGGAUGCUAAAGCGGUUGAGGGACACGACGCAGUGUUCGAGUGCGUUUUAUCCGGACCUGUACCGCAGAUCACCUGGUGCGCCAAUGACGUCUCUGUUGAACAUGGAGACAAGUAUAACAUCACAGUAUCUGAGGACAAACUCACCCACAGAUUAGAAGUGAAGAACUGUAAACCAGAGGACAAAGGCGUGUACACGGCUAUUGCUGGGAUUAAAACCUCCAGGGCUACGCUUGCUAUCAAUGAAGAUCCUAAUGCUAGGGGGAAAGGUCGAGGUGGUGCAAGUGACAAUGCAGAUGAAGUGGGCAGGAAAGCUAAGGGGGCUGAUGGGAGAGGUGAUGGAGGGGAUGGAAGUAAAGGUUCUGGGUCGGGGGAUGGACACGGAGGAGAUCCAAGAGGAAAGCAUGGAUUGAUAGGUGACGAUAUGGACCAUGAUGGAAGUGGGCAGCAUAAAACAGGAGUGAAACUGGGAUCAGCUGUGAUUGGAUCUGGAGAUGAUGAUAAAGUGAACUUUGCAAAUGGGUUAUCAGACAUAAACGCCCUCCGUGGCAAGUCUGCAGAACUUGUGUGCACGCUAAAUACUGACAAUGCUGAUGGUGUGUGGUAUAAAAAUGGGGUGAAGCUGACUUCUAAAGAUGGAGUGACAAUCUUGAAAGAUGGUUGUACACAUAAGCUCAUAAUCCAAAGUUGCAAUGAUGCAGAUGAAGGUUUAUAUGAGUUUGAAGUGAAUGGGUGCAGAACACAGGCCAUGAUUAAAGUUGGAGAUCUUCCAGAAUUCGAUCCUGAUGCCUUGCAAAAGUUUUCCAACCCUGUGAUUGUAAAAGCAGGUCAGAGCGCUUCUUUUAAGAUGCCAUUUCAACCACAAGACUCUCUGGAGAUCAAAUGGUUUAACAAAGGCUCGGAGCUUAAUGAUGGUGGUUCAGUAAAAGUCAUUAAGGAAUCCAACCUCAGUCGACUUCAAAUUAAAGACUGUCUACGAUCAGAUACAGGAGAAAUCAAAAUACAGCUUAAAAACCCUUUCGGGUCGAUCGAAGCUGUAUCAAGUCUAAUUGUACUAGACAAGCCAGGUCCACCGCAAGGCCCACUGGAAGUGAAUGGAAGUACAUCCUCUGUCCUUGAAUUGAAAUGGAAUCCUCCAAAGGAUGAUGGUGGCUCAGAAGUGACAAACUACAUCAUUGAGCGGCAACAAGUCGGGCAGAAUACAUGGGAAAAAAUUGGGGAUAUUUCAGCUAACCAUCUUACCUUCAGAGACAGAAAUGUGUCCCGGGGCAAGAGAUACAUCUAUCGCAUCUACGCAGAAAAUCUUGAGGGCAUCAGUGAGCCGAUGGAGACCGAGAAAAUCAUGGCUGGUGCUUUAGUCUUCCCUGGUCCACCAGCUCCUCCCAAGGUGAUCAGUGCUUCCAAAAACUGUAUCAACCUGACAUGGAGUCCACCGGAGAACGAUGGAGGGACUCAAAUUUUGGGUUACCAACUGGAGAAACGCAAGAAAGAUACUAACCAAUGGGUGAAUCUGAACCCGGUCAAUGAACCUAUUCAAGGUCUGAAGUAUGCAGUAAGGGAUGUGUCCGAAGGGUCAGAGUAUGAGUUCAGACUAUCAGCUAUUAAUCGGUCUGGAGCUGGAGAACCAAGUGCUCCAUCUGUGAUGGCCUGUGCUAAAAACCCCAACAUGAAGCCAUAUUUCAAAGAUCCUGAAGACUUAAUGGUUGUGAGGUCAGGAAAUUCCAUCAGAAUCAAAAUUAAUUACGAGGCCUCUCCACAACCAGUGAUCAGAUGGCUUAAAAACGGUGAACCUGUAUCUCCGUUGAACCAGAUCUUUAAUACUGACGGCACAUCCACACUGGUCAUACCCUCAUCAAAGUACUCAGACUCUGGUGUUUACACCAUUGUGGCUAAAAACUCAAGUGGGCAAACCAGCUUUGACAUAGAGGUCAGAGUAGCAGAUGAACCCAAACCUCCAGGCCCAGUGGAGCUGGAGCAGGUGGUUUAUGGUAAAGUCAUUAUCUCAUGGGCUCCAUCUCCAGACCAGAAGAAAGACGACAGACUGCACUACAUGGUCGCAGAAUACAACUCCAACACUCGGAUUUGGCGCAGGAUAGCCGACCACCUUUUCUGUGCUACGUAUACUACCAACAUUCAACCAGGUCAAGAAUAUCACUUCAGAAUCUAUGCAAAAAAUGAUCUGGGACUUUCCGACCCUUCAGAUUCACCAACAUGGGGCAUCAACAGCAAUAGAGUUUCAGUAACCUCGAACGUGUCAGCCGUGAUAACUUUGGAAAGGCCACCAUCUAUCUUGGUUCCACUGAAACUCCACUCUCCACCAAAAGGAUAUCAGUGCUUCAUGACCUGCGCUGUUCGCGGCUACCCCACGCCAAAUAUCGGAUGGUAUCAUAACGGGAUUUGCAUCAAUUCGAACCACAACUACAACAUCACAAACGCAUCUGGCAUCUGCUCCAUGUACAUCCUUAGGGUUGGGCACGAAGACGGUGGCGAGUACAAAGUGGUGGCGGUCAACCCGCUUGGAAGGGCAGAAUGUUCUACCGUAUUAAAAGUAAAAGAUUAAUCUUCAGCCUCCUGGAUACUUCUUAUUUGAUUUCAUGCAUGAAUAUAUGAAGCUACCGGUGAAUUAAAUGUGACAUUUUCUACGACAUCCUGGCUAAAGUCUCAUAAUAAUCUAAUGAUGAGAUUUGGAGAAUCAAAGAUUGAUUUCAGUCAUUGGUUUUAAUCUUUGACAUGACCUUACUCAGUCCAUAUUAAAAAUAUAAAGGACAUAUUGCUAUUGGUUAAUGCAGUACUGUGUCUAGACUACUACUAUAAAUACUGGAAUGCAUGCUUAAAGAGUGUAUGUGUAAAUGGAAAAAA